UACACGCAAACACAUCCCUAGUGUUUGCAAACAAAAGCAUAUACUUUUGUACUCCACUCUUAAUAAAAAAAGAAAAUUUUAGUUUGGGUCUGAGAAAAACCAAAAUAAAGUAGAGAGAAAUAAUCAACGAUCAUGCCAGAGGAGAAAACGAGUAUGGAGUAUGUAAUGGAAGCAGCUUCUGGUGCACACUUCUCUGGUUUACGUGUAGAUGGUCUUCUUCGUUCUUCUUCUUCUUUGUCUUCUCCAACAUCAACUUCUUCUCCACCUCCUUCUUCAUUAUCGGCAACCAUUACCGACUCUUCAAAGCAACCCUUUGUAAUUGGAGUUUCAGGAGGUACUGCUUCUGGGAAAACUACAGUUUGUGAUUUGAUUAUUCAACAACUUCAUGAUCAUCGUGUUGUACUUGUUAAUCAGGAUUCAUUUUAUCGGGGUUUGACGGCUGAAGAAUCUGAACAUGUACAUGAAUAUAACUUCGAUCAUCCUGAUGCAUUUGAUACUGAACAACUACUUGAGUGUGUUGGCAAACUGAAAUGUGGCCAGUCUGUUCAUGUACCAAUAUAUGAUUUUAAGAACCAUCGUCGAUGUUCUGAGAGUUUCCGACAGGUAAAUGCAUCUGAUGUAAUUAUUUUGGAGGGGAUAUUGGUAUUCCAUGAUCAGCGUGUCCGUAACUUGAUGAAUAUGAAAAUUUUCGUUGACACGGAUGCUGAUGUCAGGCUUGCUCGAAGAAUAAGGCGUGACACUGUUGAGAGAGGAAGAGAUGUAAACUCUGUUCUUGAACAGUAUGCAAAGUUUGUCAAGCCUGCUUUUGAUGAUUUUGUUCUACCGUCGAAGAAAUAUGCAGAUGUGAUCAUACCGCGAGGAGGUGAUAAUCAUGUUGCAGUUGAUCUGAUUGUGCAACAUAUCCACACAAAGCUUGGUCAGCAUGAUUUAUGCAAAAUAUAUCCAAACGUGUAUGUCAUUCAAUCAACAUUCCAGAUAAGAGGGAUGCAUACACUUAUUCGGGAUAGGGAGAUAUCAAAGCACGACUUCGUCUUUUAUUCAGACCGGCUUAUUCGUCUGGUUGUUGAGCAUGGGCUUGGUCAUUUGCCUUUCACAGAAAAGCAAGUAGUUACUCCUACAGGAUCUGUAUAUACGGGGGUUGACUUUUGUAAGAAAUUGUGCGGAGUAUCCAUUGUUCGAAGCGGUGAAAGCAUGGAAAACGCAUUACGUGCAUGUUGCAAAGGUAUCAAAAUUGGAAAGAUACUGAUACACCGCGAUGGGGAUAAUGGGCAGCAGCUCAUAUACGAGAAGCUACCCAAAGAUAUUUCGGAAAGGCAUGUUUUGCUUCUGGACCCGGUUCUUGCUACAGGUAACUCUGCUAAUCAAGCAAUUGAGCUUCUAAUACAAAAAGGAGUUCCAGAGUCUCACAUAAUCUUCUUAAACCUCAUAUCUGCGCCUGAGGGAAUUCAUUGUGUCUGCAAACGAUUCCCGGCCUUAAAGAUUGUCACCUCAGAGAUCGAUGAGGCAUUAAAUGAUGAGUUCAGGGUUAUACCAGGAUUGGGAGAGUUUGGUGAUCGAUACUUUGGCACAGACGAUUGAUUAUGUGAGAUGUACUUUUUAGUGCUUAAAAUUUGAAAAUUGAUUAUUGGGAGAGAUUGAAUAACACUUUCUUAAUCCAAAUCUCCAUCAAAUAAGGUUGUUUUGGUGCAUCUUCAGAUUCCUUUCGUUGUGUGGAGUGUAUUGAAAAGUUAAAUUAAAAGAGGUUUGUUUGAGAAGUAUAUCUCUCUCUAUAUAUAUUGAAUAUUAAUCGCUUA